ACGCGAGCAGAGCUGGUAGGAGUAGGCUACUAGUCGCUUGCGAUUAGCGAUAACGACUAAACUAAUGCCGUUUCGGCCACUCGGGGACGAGUCAAUCGCUGCCAGUGCCAAAAAGCUAAUCAGAGCCCUUCCGCCUCAGCGUCAGUGGCCAUGUCGGAUCCACCCACCCACCAGCAGCGCCAGUAACAGCGGGCGAGGAGAUAGCUGCGACGGCGACCUCGGCCCCGGCGGCGGCGUUGGCGGCGGCAUGAAGAACUUCCUCAGGAAGCUACACAUCGGCGAGGGCUCCAGCGACGGAGGUUCAUCGCCUCCCCCUCCGCCCUCCCGCAAAGGCGGUAGCGCUGGUGGUGGGGUACAUCAUCAUCAACCGCACCACGACCAGAGGCAGCAGCCCUCGGCGGUAUCCAGUUGGCUCGACUCGGUGCCUACCCGACCCCCGCCCCCGAUUCCGGUGGAAGCAGAGGUGCCGACGUCGGCGUCGGCGUCGUCGGUCGGGGUUGGGGCAGAGGAGAGGAGCGCGAGGCAGUCCGCGGCGACUGAGAGGAGGCGAUCGCAGCAGGAAGAGAUGGAGCGGAGGCGGUUGCAGGAGGAAGAGGUGUUGAGGGAGCGGAGGCGGUCGCAGGAGGAGGAGAUGGGGAGGGAGCGGAGGCGGUCGCAGCAGGAGGACGAGGUGGAGGAGAGGGUGAUAAGAGAGUCGUCGGAGGCGGCGGAGAGGAAGCGGGAGAGGGAGAAGGAGGAGGACGACCUGGAGGCGUACCAGAUUCAGCUGGUGCUGGAGAUGAGCGCGCGGGACAAUCCGGAGGAGAUGGAGAUUGAGGUCGCCAAGCAGCUCAGCCUGGGCUUCUGCCCGCCGCAGACAUCCCCCGCGGAGGUCAUCGCGGCCAGAUACUGGAAUUUCAACGCUCUUACCUAUGAUGACAAAAUAUCAGAUGGAUUUUAUGAUCUCUUUUACGUUGGGAAUGGGCCGGCAUCAGUUACUAUGCCCUCUUUUUCUGAGCUACGAGCCCAGCCAUUUUCACAUAAAGUCAACUGGGAAGCUGUGUUGGUCCACAGAGGUGAAGACCCUGUGCUUAUGAAACUUCAGCAGGAGGCCUUAAUCAUGGCUCUUGACCUUCAAUCAAGAACAUCAGAAUCUGUGAGCAAUGCUUUGGUGAAGAGACUUGCUAGUCUAGUUGCUAGACACAUGGGUGGAAUUUUUGAUCCUGAGAGCAUGUCAGUAAAAUACCAGAAUAUGCUUAACUCCUUGAGAAGUAGCAUUGGAAGCGUAGUAGUGCCACUUGGUCAACUAAAAAUUGGUUUAGCUCGCCAUCGUGCCCUGCUAUUUAAGGUUUUGGCUGAUGGCCUUGAUGUACCUUGUCGGUUGCUGAAAGGAAGGCAGUACACUGGAUCAGAUGAUGGAGCAUUGAAUAUUGUCAAAUUUAAAGAUGGAAGGGAGUUCAUUGUUGAUCUUGUGGCUGAUCCUGGUACACUUAUUCCUUCAGAAGGUGCUGAAAAUUUCACCUCUGAUAAUCAUCACUUGAAGAAAGAUGACACUACCAACCUGCUGGGAUCAUCUUUUAGUGGAGCAUCGAGUUCAGCCUAUGGUUCUUUUGAGUAUGAGUUACUAGACAGAAGAUCCACUUCAAGCAAUGUUGGUGCUUCUGAUACAGAUGGACCUACAACUAAUCAGACAAGCAACCAACAAAGUAUGCUAUCAAGUUCAUUCGAGAAACUAUCAGUUAGCACAUGCACUAGUGGAAAUAAGCCUAUCAUUAAUGAAUCUACAAACACAGACUACAUUAUGGUUGCAAAAAACAAAGAGAAAUCAAUUGCACCUGUCGAUUCUUCAUCAUCUUCACCAUCUACGUCAGAUAUGGGCAGCACUCCAGCUUUCCGGAGAAUGAAGGUGAAGGACAUUUCAGAAUACAUGAUUAAUGCUGCCAAGGAAAAUCCACAAUUAGUUCAGAAGAUCCAUGAGGUUUUACGUGAAAAUGGAGUUGUGGCACCACCUGACUUGUUUUCAGAGGAUUCCAUGGAAGAGCCUAAGGACCUCAUUGUAUAUGACACCGCGCUGUUUCAAAGCAAGGAUGAAAUGAAAAGAACGAUGAAUGAGUUCGAGUCAAGGACAUACACAGAUAGUGGCCAUGCUCCUUCAUUGCCUCAUCAUCCUGGACAUGAACUCCAACCAAAAGUUGUUCCUCACCGAGUACCUCUGGAAUCACUUAAGCCUGUUGAGGGCCUGGGCGUCUACCAUCCCCAUGAUAUCAGAGAUAUUGCGUCUCCCUUUGUCUCUCAAUAUGAACCUUCUGCACCUCCUCAGGAAGCUCCGGCACCACUUACAAAGCAAUUGCCUGUUACAGCAGCUGCUGUUGCAACUGCUGCAGUGGUUGCAUCCUCCAUGGUUGUUGCUGCAGCUAAAUCUAACAGUGACGUGAACUUUGACGUGCCUGUUGCUGCAGCAGCUACUGUCACUGCAGCCGCAGUUGUUGCCACAACUGCUGCUGUGAGCAAGCAAUAUGAACACUUGGAGCCUGGUAAUCAGCUGCUUAACUUAUCAAGUCCCUCUAAAGGAAAUGAAUCGGUUGAGAAAGGUGGAGAUGAUUUUUGGGAUAAAGACAACCUUGAAGCUGAUCAUCCCCAAGAUAAUGCUCUGGAUCAAGAAAUUCCUCAGGAAGCUGAACGAACCUCAGAUAAAUCAAGUGGGACAGAGAGUGCGAAAUCUGAUCUUGCUUUGGAGGACGUUGCGGAGUUUGAAAUCCAAUGGGAAGAAAUUGUUAUUGGUGAACGAAUUGGCCUCGGAUCAUUUGGAGAAGUUUAUAGAGGAGAAUGGCAUGGAACGGAAGUUGCAGUCAAGAAGUUUCUGCAACAAGAUCUUUCAGGUGAUGCUCUUGAGGAGUUUAGAACUGAGGUGCGAAUAAUGAAGAGGUUACGGCAUCCUAAUGUUGUUCUCUUCAUGGGUGCUAUCACUCGUGUGCCUAAUCUUUCCAUUGUCACCGAAUUUCUUCCAAGAGGCAGUUUAUUCCGGUUGAUUCAUCGACCCAACAACCAGUUGGAUGAAAGGAAACGCUUAAGAAUGGCACUUGAUGUGGCUCGUGGUAUGAAUUAUCUGCAUAAUUGCUCACCAGUUAUAGUUCAUCGAGAUCUGAAAUCCCCAAAUCUACUGGUGGACAAGAAUUGGGUUGUGAAGGUUUGCGAUUUUGGUUUGUCAAGAAUGAAGAACAAAACCUUCCUGUCAUCAAGAUCAACAGCUGGAACAGCGGAGUGGAUGGCUCCAGAAGUACUUCGUAAUGAACCAUCAGACGAAAAAUGCGAUGUUUUUAGCUAUGGAGUCAUAUUAUGGGAGCUAUGUACUCUAUUGCAACCUUGGGAAGGAAUGAACGCCAUGCAAGUUGUCGGAGCAGUUGGAUUUCAGAAUCGUCGCCUUGAUAUUCCAGAUAACAUUGAUCCUGCCAUAGCAGAGAUAAUAGUGAAUUGCUGGCAUACGGACCCAAAGUUGCGGCCAUCGUUUGCAGAUAUCAUGGCCACAUUAAAACCAUUGUUGAAGAACCUGACCAGCAAUCAAGCACCAAGGCAGACAGCUCAACAAACAGAUCAGUAAGACGAGGAGAUUAGCAACUGGCCAACGUCCGUAACUUAUAGGAUUAUUUCUGUACAGUAACAGCAAGCUUGUGGUCAAAGAUGAGAAAAAUCUGUGAUGUUGGUCUGUUUGCUACUCUAUCCAACUACUGGUGUAAGUUUUAAGAGUGGCAAUGUGACGUCAAGCCCGCUUGCCAUUGAUCCGGAUUUGAGACCAACGCUGGUAUACCCGUGAAAGAAGACGAAGGGGCGAAGGGGUAUGAUCAAAGCAAGAAAUUGUGCCGAACAAUAAUGUUUUUGGCACAGUGGAACGCUUGAAUCAGGAACUGAUGUGGCAGGCGGAAUGGGGGGCCUUUGUUCAUACCAUCUCUCCUUUUUCUUUCGUUGUGUGCGUCACCAAAUGGUGGGUAUUUAUGUGUAAAUGUCAACAGUAAUGUGCUGUCAACCAAGGAAAAAGAAAGAGAAAAGGUUGCUCAGCUUGUGCAGCGAGUUUGGACUCACCUCGUGGCUGAUGUGUGACCACUUUGCUCAACAUGUUGAGGUUGGCCGCUGGGGCUCUUCGUUA